GAGAGAGAGAAGAGAGAGAGAGAGAGGGAGAGAGAGAGACGGCGCGAUAACAGCGUUCGUCCUGCUCGGACUCAGUUUUGUGAGCGGCUGACGGGCAGCACCAGCGACGGAAGAAGAAACUUGAGACAAUCACGCUGAGAUCUGACAUUCAAGAGGGUCUUCAACCCUCUGUGGGAAACCGAAUGAGACGCUUCGCAGGAGGCAAGAAACCGGCAGAGGGAGGCUUGCUGAGAUAGACGGAGAUACUAGGCAGCGUGAAAAAAAAAGAGAGAGAGAGCGAGAGAAGGAGUGACUGACACCUGCCCUCCGGCUCAGUGUGAAGGGCACGGGAUGGGAGAGUGAGAGGAAGGGGGUGCACGAGAAGAUCGAAAGCAGAAGAGAGAAUGAAGACAGCCGGAAAACAAGGCCUGCCUCACAGCAAACCUCGCUCAAAUUAGGAUAUCUAACCACAAGCCACGAUGAUUACAAGAAGUCUUCUCCUACUGGUUUCUCUGUGCCUUUGGGAGGGGCUUAUGGGAGGUGCCUCGGCCGGCAAGAUUGUACGGCGGAGGGGGGUGGGAGGAUCGCGCAUGGUGAAACUGGGUGAAAGCAGACCUGUGGACCAAUGGGAUGCGAGCAUGGAUUCCAACGCGAUGUCUGUGGUGACUCUAAGAAGCGUGAUUAGUCACGAGCAGGCAAGCGACGCUGGAUCUUUUUCUUACUCUAAAAUACUGCAGAAUCAUCCCGUUGCAGCAGGAGCUAACAGGGAAAGGCAAGCGUUUAAGCCCAAGCGGGAGGUGGACUCUGUCAAUAAAAAAGACGGGACUCCGCACAAGGAGUUCAACCAGGACGUGAAGAAAGUUAAAAACAGCACCAAGAGUGCGGAGUCCUCCAAAACAGGAAAAUCGGAGAAAACGUUCACAAUCCGUCACAAGCCGGAUCUGCACUCUAACAAAACCCGGUUUAAAUCAGGCUCCAGGUCCAGGGGCAGACCUGAUCCGAGCGUCCACACCACAGGCGUGCCGGGAAAAGGUUUAAGCGUGGAGUCAAACCGGAAGCUGAACCUGACUGGCAGUUACGGAGUCCUGAAGCUGCUGUCGAAGGAGAACCUAGUCAGGAUAGUCAAUUCCCAAAUGCAGAGCGUUCCCAGCUUGAGUUUCCCGAGCAAGGGCAGCCGCAGCAGGAAGAGAGAUUUGAUUGACGUUAAUCACAGACAGUUAGAGGGUCAGAAAGUGCAGAGACAAGAUAUGGCUGUCACUCAGCCUCACAUUGGAUUUGAUAAUCAGACAGCUUUUCCUUAUGCAAGCCCCGUCACCACUCCAGAUCUUAAUCGAGACCCGGGCUUGGAGACUCGUCCUAAUCCGCUAAGUGAAGUCAAGCCAGCUUUUACUAAAGGGCAGGACGACCUGGGAAUACAGGGCUCAGAUGGUGGUGAUAGCAAGAGCAAACACCUCGUCCAUUUGCUGUCAACGCCUCGCAGCGAGGUCGGCCUCGGCCUGGAGAAAGAAGUAAUGGCCAGCCAAACAGAACCGCCAUUUACAUCGACAAAACAUCUCCCGCUGUAUGUUCCCUCUGAAACAAAUGAUUCCCCCCCAUCUGUGCUGACAAUGCAACCCUUGGGAGUGAGGCUAGGGAACAGAGCAGCAGAUUCCCGUAGAGACCCAUUAGCAGAAUCAGCUCACACUGCUCAAACAGAACUCAGCACUGCUCAGUACUCAGAUGAAGACAACAAACUUGUCAAUGGCAGCCAUGUCCUGAGGCUCCAUCUUGCUCCGGAGUGGAUGCAGGAAGCAAAAGACACUGACGUGCGAGCUGUCGAUCCAGAAGACGUGAAGGGCCUCGUGUUUGAAGAGGCGGAGUCAGAGGUUGAAGAGGAGGUGCGUGACCGCACGGAGGGGAGGGGGUCGCGCUCUCGCAGCAGAAGGAGCUGGAUCUGGAACCAGUUCUUUGUGAUCGAAGAAUACGCCGGGCCUGAACCUGUGCUCAUCGGACGGCUCCACACAGACAUGGACAGGAAUGAUGGACGCACUAAGUAUGUCCUGCGAGGCGAGGGGGCGGGCUCGGUCUUUGUGAUCGACGAGAAAACGGGCAACAUCCACGUCACCAAGCCGCUGGACCGCGAGGAGAAGGAUGAGUACCGUCUCAUUGCCACGGCUACCGACAGGCAGACCGACCGUGCCCUGGAGCCCUCGUCGCAGUUCAUAAUUCGCGUGCAGGACAUCAACGACAACCCGCCUGUCUUUGAUGAAGGCCCCUACAGCGCCAUCGUGCCUGAGAUGGCAAAUAUAGGCACGUCUAUAAUCCAGGUGACGGCGACAGAUGCUGAUGACCCGACAUACGGGAACAGCGCCAAGCUAGUGUACACACUGGUCCAGGGCCAACAGUACUUCUCCGUUGAUCCCCAGACAGGUAUUCUACGCACAGCUGUACCCGACAUGGACCGGGAGACCCUGGACCAGUACCUGGUGGUGCUUCAGGCCAAAGACAUGGGGGGCCACCUGGGCGGACUAUCCGGGACCACCACCGUCACUGUGAGGCUCACCGAUGUCAACGACAACCCUCCACGUUUCACCCAGAGUAUGUGGUCCUUCUCCGUGUCCGAGCUGGCCAUCCCGGGCGCCGAGAUAGGCCGCAUCUCGGCAACCGACGCCGAUCUCGGCGAGAACGCCAAGCUGGAGUACACCAUCCUGGAGGGCGAGACGGGGGACACGUUCAACAUCACCGGGGUCAACCAGGAGGCGGUCAUCACGCUCAACAAGGCGGUAGACUAUGAGAGUCGGAGCUCCUACUCCUUCUCCGUGGAGGUCCUGAACCCCAUAGUGGACCCUCGCUUCCUACGCCGUGGCCCCUUUAAAGACCGGGCUUCCAUCCGAGUAGCAGUCCUGGAUGCAGAUGAGCCGCCAAGGUUCUCCAGGGCCAGAUACCACAUGGACGUGUCUGAGAACUGCCCGCCGGCCUGCACCGUGGGUCGGGUCAGCGCUGUAGACCCUGACACUGGUCUGACUAAUAAUAUCAGGUUCUCCAUUGACCCUCAGUCGGACCCCGAAGCUCUGUUCCGUAUCACCCCGGACGCCGGCCUCAUCACCACAGCAAUGGAACUGGACCGGGAACGCGACCACUGGCACAACAUCACGGUCAUAGCCACCCAGAGAGACAAUCCCAGCCAGGUGUCCAGAGUCCUGGUUGCAGUGGAGACCUUAGACUUGAACGACAAUGCGCCCGAGCUGGACAGGCAGUACACGACGGCCAUGUGUGACUCAUCCUCCGUCGGGCAGGUGGUGCAGGUGUUGCGGGCGAUUGAUAGAGAUGAGGGAGGGAAUGACAGCACUGUGUAUUUCAGCAUCCCUCCGGAGUCCAGUGCUGCCCUCAACUUCAGCGUCAGGGACAGUGGCGGCCCCACAGCCAGCCUGGUGCUGCUGUCCCAGCUCCAGCCGCUGUCCCGCUCCCCAUCCUCCACCCUGACGCUCUACGUGCCUCUGGUCCUGAGGGACGGGACGUCUGGCCUCACCAGCACGGGGACGGUCACCGUGUCCGUCUGCCCCUGCCUGAAAGGAGGGGCGCGAGCCGGGGAGAAAGAGAAGGACAAGCAGACGGAGGGCGAGUGGGACUGGGAACGAGAGGCGGUGUGUCUCCCUCAGCAGUCCUCGCUGCCUUCACCUGGGCUCAGCACCGCCGCCCUGCUGGCCAUCCUGGCCUGCGUCGGUACACUGCUAGCGGUGAGCGCGCUGUCGCUGUCUCUGCGGCGUCAGAAGCGCGACUCCCUGUCGCCGCUGGAGGAGGACGACGUGCGCGAGAACAUCAUAACGUACGACGACGAGGGCGGCGGCGAGGCCGACACGGCUGCCUUCGACAUCGCCGCCCUCCAGAGCGCCCCGCACAGCUCCCGCUCACGUGGCUACCGCACUCUAGACAGCAGGAACGUCCGUUACACACAUCGUGUCCAAGACAAAGGUCGCACCUACAGCUGGGCUCAGAAUCCAGGCGUGGAGCAAAACUACUCGGCACCAGGAGGAGCCCUUUACGGCCGCCUCUGCUACAGCAGCCACACGUUGCCGGUUCUCCGGCGCCCGCCGGGCGGGACGUUUGAGCCGGGCUUGGCAGAGCUGGCGUACCGCUUUCCAGGAGGCCAGCCCGACCACUCCCUGGUCAUCCAGAACCAGGGGGCCAUGGUGGGGCCGAUGGAGUCCGGGGCCGUGUACAUAGCUCCCACGGACCUCAGCACGGGGAGUCGCACCGGGAGCCGCGACGGGACGGCGCCGCAGAGUGGGGUGAGCACUUCGGACGGGGGGACGCCGAGGACCAGCGACAGCCAGGAGAGAGGAGGACAAGGAGGAGGAGGAGGAGGAGGAGGGACGGGGCCUGGGAGCAACUGCACAGAGGGGAGCAACGAGGACAAAGGCAACCACAGUCAAGAUAUGGACUGGGUGCAGUCGGAGACGCUGCCCAGGGAGCAUAACCUCGUCAUGACCCGAUCCGGCUCCGUGGUUGGCCAGGGUCACGGCGCGGGAGGCUGGGUGUGCGACUCGGCCACCCUCCCGAUGGCGGGGCGCAGGGCCUCCCGCUCCGGGCUGUCUCCGAAACGCACAAGCUCCGGUUUGGCUGAAUCCGACUCCAGCGGAGGAGGAGGAGGAGGAGGGAAUGGAGGUGGGAAUGGAAAUGGGGGGACCUCGGCAGAUGGACAACAGCAGCUUUCCAAUGGACGCAACUAUGCCACUGUCCUGCAGGCAGAGGCGUCUGGACAGAGGGACUACCCGGGUAGCCUGGGUAGAGGAGGGCUGGAGAUGGGGAGCAACUUUGUGGUGGCGAGGCAGGACAGGGAGAACGGAGGAAUGUCACUGACAGGGACUCCGUCUGUCUACCCAGAACCAGCUGGCUUCAUCGGGGACUGGCGUGAUCGAGUGGGUCUGGGAGGGUAUGUCCUGGGCAGGAGGGAUAUGACCCCUCAGCUCUUGCCCUUCCCAGGCCAGCCUCGGGGAGCGUAUGCCGCCGGAGUGAUGGGUUUCGGGGCCAACUGGGUUCCAGGGAUGGAGGCAGCGAGAGGGGCGCCGGGGCCCGGGGGUCCCUCCUUGGCACUGAGGGUGGGUGAGUUCCUGCGUCUGCGUCUCGCCCAGGUCACCUUUGACCCCUCGCAGCCACCGUACGACUCCGUGCAGGUGUACGGCCUGGAGGGGACAGGCUCCAGGGCGGGAUCCCUCAGCUCCCUCGAGAGCGAGGGGGAGAAAGACGCGGAGAAGGAGGACUGGGGGGCGGGGCUGGAGGAGUGGGGUCCACGGUUCCAUAAGUUGGCCCAGCUCUUCAAAGACAGAGAGAAAGAAAGGGGGGAUCUGGAAAAAGUGGAAGAGGGUGCCAAAAAGGAGAAGGAAAAGAGGGACGAGCAGGAGAAGAGCGAGAGAAAGGAGGGAGGCGAAGAAGGGAAAGACUGAGGAGGGGUAAAUGUGAAACAAAUAGGGGCAAAGGGGGUAAGAGAGGAAGGGAGGGAAUGGGAGGAUGAUGAAAAGGCAACUGGAGCUAGACUAAUGUGAAGAGAAGUUAAAGGGGAGAAAGAUGAAGAGGCAAAGUAAUAAAAAGAGACAGAGAAAAAUGAGCCCAGGGAGGAUGGAGAACGCGAGGGCAGGGGAGGGAGUGAUUGAUGUAAUUUAAAGCAAUAAGUGUUGAAACGCUGAUAUGGUUGAGCACAGAUACUGAGACAAUGCAGAAGCUGCGUCGACUCGGGGCAGCAACAAUUUGUUAAACGCUUUGGACAAAGAAAAACAACCCAAACAUCCAAGACUCGAUUUAAUUCAGCUCUCACGUACGGGAUGAGGAACAGCAGGAAACCAGGAGGAGGACGUUUCUGGUGUGUGUGUGUGUGUGUGUGUGUGUGUGUGUGUGUGUGUGUGUGUGUGUGUUGGCCCGGUGCUCGUGUCUGUGCGUCCGGGAAAAGUCUGAAGUCUGCGUGAGGACAAGCGCUCGUGUGCGCUCGUACGUGUGUGAGUGCUUGUGUUUACGUGGAAGCGAGUGCGAGAGCGGUGGGGAGAAUUCAUGAUGCUCAGAGACAAUUUAAACAUGAGCCUAAUGACUAAUGCUGCAUAAGCUGCAACAUUAGUUUGAGGGUUUUGCGAGAGCAAACAUUUAACGAGGAAGUUUAGAAACUGGGAUAACACACUGGGGUGAGAAAAUGAUAUUUGAAUACGAGGAGAAUGAGGCGGGCGAGGAUGUAUAGAGAGAGGAAUGGUCUUGGAAGUGAGAUGAUUGUACAGAAACUGUUACUUUUUAUUCCAUCUGCAGUGGCAGAAAAGUGAAUUAUUCAGCUUGCUACUCCAUUCCAAAUGAAAAUGAUGAAUCAUUUAAAUCCUGCAAAAGAUUCUCCCUCCUCUCAGCCCACGAGGAAAACAGACAUUGUGAAAAAUUUAAAUGAUUUAGGGAUGUGAUCCCCUACCCUCCUUCCCUCUCAUCCCCUCCCACGGCUUUUUGUAGUUUUGAGUGUUGGUAUGUUUACAGAGACUCACACACACAGACACAGACACACACAGACACAAAAGAACUGAUUACCACCAUGAGGCUUUGAUUGUACUAGAGUAAAUUAUAAAAACCAAACCAUCCACAUAUCCAGUGUUCCAUCUACCGUCUGGAGUGAUGAUGGCUCCAUUAUUGAUCGCGUAAACGUUUUUAUCAAAGAUGUCUGCUAUUUUGUAUUUCUAGUCCACACACCGGCCCCACUAGUCUCACUUGGCACACCUUAGGGACAAAGUAUGCAUGACUUUUGAGAAACAAAACACAGAAAAAGGGGGGAAAAAAGAAAAAAAAAGAAAACGGCAAUCAGUUCCUACUUCAAACACUCGUACUGCCCAAAUGAAAAUUUCCAGAGAUCUGUAUUGAAGUUGAAGGGGAACAACGCCACAGAGACUCCCGUCACGGGCUCUGCACUCUUGUUAAAGGUCAAGAUGCGACGGAGCUGGAGUUUUCAGCCGAAAUGCACUUUUCUACUGUGUGAUGUUCAAUAAUAGAUGACGAAUAAUGUCAAAGAUUACUGUCGUUUUAUAAGAUGUCAAUUAAGCUAAAAGAUACUAUGUUUGACUGUAUGUACAAGCAUUUCAAAUGUAAAUACCACUGAAUAUUAUUGCUAAAAGAGAGUAUAUAAAAGCAAAAAUGAGUUUAAAAAAAUAUAUAUUUAGAAGUCCAAACAGAGCACUGUUGGGACUCCUCUCUGUAUGUACUGUAGGUUAGAAAUGGAUUAACUGAGCCGGGUCUAACAGCCUGCUGGACUGAGAAUAACAUCAUGUAUUCAACAUCUGUGUUUGUGUUUUAUUUUAUUUGAUUUGGUGCUCUAGUUGUCUGGGAUGGUGGACAAGCCAAGAAUUCAUUUAUACAUGUGGCCUCUGGCAGAAGUUUGUUGUGCAAAACAUUAUUUACAGGAGGCCCGCGAGCUCGCCCGUCCCGGUGAAGAAGCAAUUGGACGAAAAUCCGCGGGACUGGGGAGAAAACACGCGCAAAACAAAGCGAAACAAAAGUCUGUUUCUGGGUCAAAUGUGUGUUGCUAUUCUGCAGGAGUGAAAUAAGUUAGUAAAAUGAGAAAUUGAAACUAGUUUUGCACUGCCUGACAGGUAUGGAGGUUUUCGUCUUUUGUGUCUUUCAUGAAUUUCAGGCAGAAGGCAAAGUCAUAUUAAUAAUGAAUCUAUCUCUACUUUACUUUUUUGGAGUAAUAACUGAAGACUUUAGUUGACUGAAUUUUACGAAAAGAAAAUCAUCGGUGUCCAGAGAGGAAUGUUGCUACAUACUCUAACUUGAAUGUGGAUGUCUUUAGUGCGCCGUCGCAGAAAUGCCUCUGUUCUGUUGUCACUGGUUCACUGUAAAGUUACCCACGAGUCAAGUCAAGCUUUCAGCUUCGCUAGUGUCCCACAGUUUGGUCCACCAUAAUUUUGUCGUCAAAGUCUUCUGCUGUCAUCACUUAGUUAGCCGGUCAGGGAGUCAGGGCGCUUGCUGACUGAAAUGAAACCCAUAUACCCGCCUAUACCCUUUACCUGAGCCACAGACUUGUCCACAUAGUGCCACUGUGCAGACUGGACGGUGUCAGGACCAAUGUACAAACACUGCACAAUAACGGGAGAAGAGAGAGGGCUACAGAACCUCAGCGGGUCGCAAGUUUCAUCAGUUUGGGCUGAUUGACCAUACCCCACCACCCUCAAGAUUUGUCAGUUUCAUAAAAAUUGAAACAAUGCACGGCUUUUGGAUUCUGUUUUUUUUUUAUCACAAUCUAGGUCUUAACACCUCACACUGCAGACGCCAAAUUUAAUGCCUGAGAACUGGAAGUGGCAACAUUGCUAAAAAUACUCAAAUAGGGCAUUUCAUACAUAUAUGUAAAAGAGGGCUGUGCACUCGUGGUUAGAGAAGCAGCUUUGGGACCUUGAGGUCAGCGGUUUCAUCCACUCUGUGUCGGCGGCUGAGGUGCCUUAAGCAAGCGCCAAAAAAAAAAGAAACUCAUAUUUAUCUGGGGGCGCCUCGCACGGCUGCCCGCUGCUUCUAAGUGUGCUCACUUAAAAGCAGAGAACAAAUUACCUUUUAUGUGUACGUGCGAGGCAAAUGAAGCGGAUUUGAUUUGAUUAACAAAGGUUAAGUGUUAAGGUUAAGCGUUAAGGUUAAGCGUUAAGGACCAGCUGACCUGUGAAACAGAAAUAAUAGAUUUCAAAUGCUGACCGAUUAAUCAUGAACAUAUAACAAAUCAACUAACUACACCAAUACUGUCAGCAACUGUGAUUAAUGCGCACGACUAAUACGGCCAUAAUCAAUGAUUAUUAAAGAGUUGUUAAAUAGUGUGAGAUCCAUAUUGUAACAAAACAGAAUCCUUCGUAUUUGGAGUGAAUUGUCUAAUAAUUUAGAACGCGCUGAUGUCCUUGAUGUCUUCAAUGAUAAUUCCGCUGGUGGGCUGCACCUCCAACGACUGCCAAAGAACUGGGAGCCGUUUUGUGAUGAGGAUAAGUAUUGUCGUGUGCACAAAUGCGUUGCUCUGCCAGUGCAUUAUCUGUGCAACGUUUCCCUAGCAUUCGUGUGUAAUGUGCCAACACUCUGAAACUCCCCGUCUCUCGACACGCGCGCGCAUAAAGAAAAGCAAUCCUUAUUUUCAAAACAGCAUUACUAGUUCUUUGGCAGCCAUUGCAAAAGCAAUUAGGGUGGUAUUCCAAUAAGUGACCUUUCAUGCCAUUCUAAUUAUACGGUUUGUUCCACAGUCUUGAUUGGCUCCAGGUGUUUCAUCUCUGCCGAUUCAAAGCUCUGCCCUGACUGAUUGGUCAAAAUCAACGCGAUGAAUCUCCUGAUUUGUCUUAUUCCAGAGCUCUGGAGUGCCGUGCCGACUAAACCACUCGACGGAGCUGAUUAUCCCACCUCCUGAGCCACACAAAUUGGUUCAAUCAAAAGCGUGAUUAGUUGAAUCAGUUGUUUUAAAUAGAAUAAAAGCCCGUAGUCUCUGCAGCACUCCACGGCUCUUUUUCCCUCUUUUAGCUAGCUCAGAUUCACCGACGGAUGAAAGCAGUCCUCUCAGGCGAUUCAUCGUGUCUUCUGUUGAAAAAGGAUACGGAGUUAAGUCCCACUCAAAGGUCAAGAGCAGACACCUUAGAAUCUGCGUGGUCAGGACCUACGGAAGCGAGAGUCCUCUUUACCCAAAACAAGCCCGCCGGUUCUGUAUCCCUCCCUCCUCCCUGCGACUCCAUUGCUCCCGCAAGAUGUUGAUACAAUUCCACAAUUACGUGCUGAACAAAGUGUAUUUAUUUCUGUUGUACUUUUUCUUUUUUGUAAAUUUGAAUAAAAAAGGAAGUAUUUCAAA